AGAUUGGGCGCAAUUUCUCGCCCAAUCUGGCAACACUGUUAGUGGAUGACAAGUCCAGAUAUCCACCGGAGAAGACCGGAGAAACGGCACGGCGAUAGACUCGCCCUUGUUAUCAAGGCUCUCAUCUCUUCCGUGUUGGCAGUCAUUGUAACACACCGGUCGUCAUUCAUGCGCUUAUGGAUCCGAAAAUAAACUGCUUCAAAAAGGGGUGGUCCUCCGUGGUGUAGAGGAGUCGAGAGAGCAUUUUAAAGGUUAGCUCGUUAGCCUAGCAUCCAUCGCAUCCAGCUGAACCGAUCCCUUCGUCGGCGAGCAGCUCGGUCGUCAGAGGACCUACAGGGUAUGGUCGGUCACAAUACACUGCUGAGAAUGUGCAGCAGAGUCCACCACUGCUCGGAGUGAAAUACGUGUCCAGAAUUAACAUUCGCUGACGAACCAGAAGCCCCGGGGCUGACCCCCGGUAGGCGACCGAAGCAUGGCCGGGAACCCUAGGAGGGGCGCAGGGCUGAUCGGGCUGAUGAAGGACGCCUUCCAGCCCCACCAGCAGCCGCUGCAGCCCCACCAGCCGCCCGUGGUCGACAAGAAAAUGGUCGAGAAAUGCUGGAAACUAAUGGACAAGGUGGUCCGCCUGUGCCAGAACCCCAAGGUUGCGUUGAAGAACAGCCCGCCGUACAUUUUGGACCUGCUGCCUGACACCUACCAGCACCUGCGCACCAUACUGUCGCGCUACGAGGGCAAGAUGGAGGUGCUCGGGGAAAAUGAGUAUUUCCGUGUGGUGAUUGAGAACUUGACCAACAAGAUCAAGCAGACCAUCAGCCUGUUCAAGGAAGCCAAGGAGAGGAUGUACGAGGAAAACUCUCAGCCAAGACGCAACCUGACCAAGCUGUCUCUGAUCUUCAGUCACAUGCUGGCCGAGCUGAAGGCCAUCUUCCCCAACGGCCUCUUCCAGGGCGACAACUUCCGCAUCACCAAAGCAGACGCUGCAGACUUCUGGAGACGCUCCUUUGGGGACAAGACCAUUGUGCCCUGGAGGACCUUCAGACAGGCCCUGCAUGAGUUCCAUCCCAUCAGCUCCGGGCUGGAAGCCAUGGCCCUCAAGUCCACCAUCGACCUCACCUUCAACGACUACAUCUCUGUGUUCGAGUUUGACAUCUUCACAAGGCUGUUCCAGCCAUGGGCAUCUCUAUUAAGGAACUGGAACAGUCUAGCUGUUACACACUCCGGCUACAUGGCCUUCCUUACCUACGAUGAAGUCAAGGCCAGACUGCAUCGCUUCAUACACAAACCGGGCAGCUACAUCUUCAGGCUGAGCUGUACCCGUCUGGGCCAGUGGGCCAUCGGCUACGUGACGGCCGACGGGAACAUCCUGCAGACCAUCCCCCACAACAAACCCCUCUUCCAGGCCCUCAUCGACGGCUACAGGGAGGGCUUCUACUUGUUCCCAGAUGGCCGAGCCCAGAACCCAGACCUCACUGGACUGUGCGAGCCCUCCCCACAGGACCACAUCAAAGUCACCCAGGAGCAGUACGAGCUCUACUGCGAGAUGGGCUCCACCUUCCAGCUGUGCAAGAUCUGCGCAGAGAACGACAAAGACGUGAAGAUUGAGCCAUGCAGCCACCUCAUGUGCACCUCCUGCCUCACUGCCUGGCAGGAGUCCGAAGGGCAGGGCUGCCCGUUCUGCCGCUGUGAGAUCAAGGGGACCGAGCCCAUCGUGGUGGACCCCUUCCGGCCAAAGCCCAACGGGGCUUCCUUCGCCGGCUUCCAGGGGCCCUGCAGGGCUGAGGGCAACGAAGAGGACGAGGACGACCGCCUGGAGGACCAGCACCUGGUCAUGAGCAGGCUGGCGUGCUCCAAGGUAGAGCGUCCGUCCUCCCCAGUGUCUCCACUCCCCCCUGUGCCCCCCCGACUGGAUCUCCUACAGCAGAGGCCCACCACUGUGGGGCCGAUGGGUCUGGGGGCGACCGCUAAGGUCCUGGCUCCACACAGGGACAAGCCCCUCCCCCUGCCCCCAGCCCUGCGUGAGCUCCCCCCGCCUCCUCCCCCCGAGCGCCCCUCUCCGGCCCCCCCCUCGCAGGACGUCCGGCUCCAGAGGAGGCCGCUGCCCUCCACCCCGGACCAGCCCAGCUGGGCGGCCAACUACAUGGUCCCCCGGCCCGUAUCCAAGGCCCCGCUGGCCCCCGGCGCCCCGCCUCCUCCGCAGACCAACGGGGCCGAGGCCUCCAAGGCCCCCGCCGCCGCCGCCGCCGCCGCCACCAACAUCAUCUACUGCCAGGCCACCAGGCCCUUCCAGGCGGCGGCGGUCAGCGAGGACAUGGUAUCCCCCGAGGGGGAGGAGAACGAGUACAUGAGCCCCACCUCCCUACCGGCCUCUGGGGCCCCGUGGGUCAUACCGGGGGCCCUGGUCCCCCCUCCGCCCUCGGCUCAGGCGUCCCGCCACAACGACCUCGGCCCCAUGACGUGUGAAGACUUGGACGACCCCCAGGUGUACGAGUCCAUGUGUAACAUCCAGGACCAGGUGGCCGAGGCCGCGGCACCGGCCCUCGACUCUGAGCGUCCCCGCCACUCCCCCGUGGCGCCCCAGGACAAGCCGGCGGAGGCGGAGGGCGUGUACGAGUACGACUACCCCCGGCCCAUGGCCCCGCCCGCCCCCGCCCGACGCACACUCUCGGACAUCUCCGGCAGCUCGCCGGCCUUCAGCAGCCUGAGCCUGGACCGCUCGGGGGCCCUGGAGCCCUCCUUGUUCGCAGCGGGCUCGGACCUGGAGCGCCCCCCCAAGCCCCUCCCGCGCCGGACCAACUCGGACCGCUGGGGGCGGCCCCUGAACCCAGAGGUGCCUCCGGGGUACAUGGCCCCCGCCACGCCCUCUCCCCCCGCCGCCGGCGCCAUCAGCGGGGAGAUCGAGGGCCUGAUGUCCCAGGGCUACUCCUUCCAGGACAUCCAGAAGGCCCUGAUGAUCGCCCAGAACAACCUGGAGACCGCCAAGAACAUCCUGCGCGAGUUUGUCUCCGUGCCCUCGGCCGCGCACGUCGCCACGUAGCAAAGCCGCCCCCCCCCCCCCACCACCCCCGCCUCCCACCACCGACCCUCAGCCCUCUACACGCUCUCUCUCUCACUCUCGCCAUCUCUCUCUCGCCGCGCACACUCCAGUGUUCUUUGUGUGUCUGUCCGUCUGUCUGUCUGUACACGCCGUGCCAUUACAGUAGAUUGCAUUGAACCACUUUAAGCACUUUGCUGAAUGUCCAGAUAUACAUGCCAAAAGGUUAGGGGGAGGCCGACGCCCACACUGCUGAGUUUCUUGGAACUGAACCAAAAUGCACAAUUGUGAUUGGUUCAAAUCCACGAUGUGAUUCACCACAGAUGGUACAGUCUCUGAGGUUUAAGUGUUGGGUGACUCUUGAAGUGUCUUAAGGAAGGUCUUGUCGGUUUGGGUCGUACCAUUCCUGAGGCGGGGGGUUGCAGCACGAUGGCGACGUGUCUUAGCGACGUUUUGCCAAGCUGCAGGUUUAAGUCGAGGCAGCACAAACUGUUACAAACGGAGUAUAUAUUUCCAGUUGUUGUGUCUUACAGCCGGCAGCUUCAGUCUUGAACAGGCUUAUUGAGAAAAGUGUGUUAAAACAAAUAUUUAUCUGACCACCAGGUUGUUUUGAACUCAUGGGAGUUUUCAUGUGGAAUUAGUGUGGUCUGUGCUUCAGCUGACUGUGAUUGGUAUCGCUGAUCUCAGCGUGUCGUCACGUGUUGGGACGACGUAAUUUCAUGCGACCGAUCCUUUCCUAGCUCCUAAUCAUUGCCUUGGUGAUGUUCAAAAAAUAUAUAUAAAAUGAGUCAAAAAAGCAUCUAGUACAUUCUGGAAGUGUAUUCAGUGUAGUGCUAACCGUGGCUGGAGUCUUAAUUUUAAGCUCGUAAUUACCUUGUUUUAUUUUUCUAAAAUCAUGUUACUUUUUCACCAUUAACCGUGGUCUUACUGAAAUUAAUUCUGUGAAUAGCUUAUUUAUAUACGAUGAUUUUUAUUUCUGCCGAAUGAAAACGUCUCUCUGGGAACCCCAUGUAUAUUCCACUCUUUUUGGGAGCUGGAGAAGAGGAGUCUUGAUCCCGGGACUGAGGUACCCGGAGCUACGCGGUGCACAGUACUAGUAACGCGCCCCGGGGGCACGGGAGGCCCUCGGCCCGACGGAGUCCCACACCAAAAGCAUUUAAAACACAAAGUGUCAUUUGGAGUGUCGGCAGGCACUUCUGUGUGCGCUUGCACAGAAUAAUUGCCAUAUGUUUUGCCUUAAGUCAGGCUCAAAUGGUACUGGUGGAAUUAUUGUAUGGACAUUUUAAAGAGUGAGCAAACGUUGAAGUUCAACCGCAAGGAAACGGUGGCAACUCUCGUAGAAUACGGUGUUGUGGCGCUGUUCCUCGCGUUGAGUUUUUAGUUUUUUUGGGGGGUUUGCUUGUGCUUAAAUGAAAUAACCUUGAUAGUGCCGUUUUAAUGUGAAAACCCCCCUGCGAGGGCAGAUUUGUAAUGAUAGUGCAAUUAACAUGUGUUUUUACCAGUACUAUAUGACGUCUUGUGUGAGGACAAUAGUGCAAGCUAUUGCUGUCACACGGUCGACCUGCUCAUGGUUACUGCAGAAGUUACUGGUGGUCUUUAAGUGUGGCUGUUAAAUACUUUGAUAAUAUCCACUUGUAGGAAUACAUGUUUGUUUUAGAAAUCAUUAUUAACCUUGGAUAAUUUGUUUUUUUCAUACUUGCCUACUAAAAAAGCUUUUUUGUCAUUGCAUAUGUAAAGAUUUUAUUUAUUGAUUCUUUUUUUAAUAUCAGCAUUUAUUGUGUUCUCAUGUGUUCAUGCCGAAGCCAUUAAGAUUUUUAAUUAAACAGUAUUUUUCGUUAA